AUGGCUAUCAUCAAUUCUGUUAUUGUUCCUGCAUACAAGGAAAAAUUGAAUAUCAAACCAUUGACUACCAGAUUAUUUGCAGCCUUGGGCAAUGAUGCUUCUAAGACCACUGAGUUAAUUUUCGUUGAUGAUAACUCUCAAGAUGGUUCUGUUGAAGAAGUGGAAGCUUUGCAAAAGCAAGGCUAUAAUGUUAAGAUUAUUGUUAGAACUACUGAACGUGGUCUUUCCUCAGCCGUCAUGAGAGGUUUCCAUGAUGCUGAAGGUGAAUAUUUACUGUGUAUGGAUGCUGAUUUACAACACCCUCCUGAAAGUGUUCCAGACAUGUUUGACAAUUUGAGAAACCACCCAUUUGUUCUAGGUACUAGAUAUGCGCCAGGUGUUGGUAUUGACAAGGACUGGCCUUUGUAUCGAAGAGUCAUCUCUUCCACUGCUAGAAUGAUGGCCAGACCACUAACAACUGCUUCUGACCCAAUGAGUGGGUUCUUUGGUUUACAAAAGAAAUACUUAUUGGAUCCAUCUGCAAAGGACAUCGAUACCCAAGGUUUCAAAAUUGCAUUAGAAUUAUUAGCCAAAUUACCAUUACCUGCUGAUCAACCAAUUGGUGAAAUUCCAUUUUCCUUUGGUGUCAGAACUGAAGGUGAAUCCAAAUUGUCUGGUAAGGUCAUCGUCCAAUAUUUGGAACAAUUAAGAGAAUUAUAUGUUUACAAAUUUGGCGCUAACAAUUUGUUGUUGUUUUUAGCCUUUUGGAUUAUCUUGGCAUUAUAUGUUGUUUAUCAAUUAUUCUGUCUUGUCUUUUAA